AUGAUGUCUUCGAACCCAGGGACACCAGCAACGCCGGAAACGUUCGCCUCUCCUGGUGGAAAGACUACUGGUUCGUCUGCCGGCGAAGAUGAAUUGCGCAAACAACUACGUGCGGCACUCCAAAGCCUCAAUCGUCGUGAACCACUGGAACCUUCCUACAAAAGACUCUUGUUGAAUGGCACUGUCACUCGUAGAUUACCCACAAUCCCAAAAGACAAAUUCUACAAGCGAAUAGGUUCAGGUCUUAGGCAACGAGUGGAACGUUACAUGGUGGAGAUGCAAGGAAAAGAUCCAUUUGAUCGCAUUUCGCAACGACAACCGCUGGAAGAGGAAAAGAUGAGAGCUGCCUUUACGCUUCGAGAAACCAAAGCACACGAACAACAGCCCUUAUUAGAAGCCACAUUGGCGCAAACCAUGAUGCACCCGGAACGGAAACGUGCCUUGGAUGGGAUUGCCAUGGGAUUGCAAUCCCGUAACGCGGCUCCCAAAAAGAUCCGGACUUCAACUGGGGCUCCUAUUUCCGCCAUGGAACAAACCGAAAAGGCCCGCCGCAAGGCAGAAUUAGACCGACAACGAGAACAAGCUCGCAAGUGGGAAGAGGCUCGUUCCAAACGAGAAGAAGAAGAGCGCUUGCGUAGGGAACGCGAGGUUCAACAACGCAAGCCAGCGGCGACUCCGCAACAAACACUGAUAUUAAAGGUUUUCAAUACAAUGUGGGAUAUGAAUUUUAAGAUUCUGGGAGAUACCAAUCCGUUCCGUACAGUCAUUGAUCGCAACAACUGUGCUGCCAUUGGAGCUCCGGACUACUUUGAUAUCAUUACCACUCCCAUGAACUUGACAUAUAUCAAAGAUAAGGUUCAUGGAAUGAAGUACAUUACCUUGCAAUCCUUCUUUGCGGACAUCGAUCUAAUGAUUCAGAAUGCCCUAACCUACAACAGCGCGGCAGGAAAUCCAUACCGUGUGGCGGCAGAAGAAAUGAACAAACGAUAUCAGAAAAUUGUCAAGAAAAUCUGGCAGCAAAAGAAAAGACAACAAGCGGCAAUGAAUGAAUCAUAA